UCAGAGACCAGGAACCUCCAGAGACUCAAAGAGGCAUCCUGCUCCCAAGUCCUGUCCGUCUUUUAUCUUUCUAUUUCCCAUUUUGCAUUCUGAUUCAGGAGCCUAAGGACAGUCCAGGAGAUUUACCUAUGGCUAUCUUCAUUGUUUUGUCCCUGUGUAGUGUUCUGGUGACUGGCAUGGGUAAUGGCGGGAGUGAAAAGGGAUUGGAGAGGGAAUAUGAACCCGGCCAGCCUCCCCGCUGCCCCUCUGUCUCCCCCAGCGCCCAGCCCCGGACACCCCCCAGCCAGAGCCAGCUGUUUGCAGACCUGAGCCCAGAGGAGCUGACGGCUGUGAUGAGCUUCCUGACCCAGCAGCUGGGGCCAGGCCUGGUGGACGCAGCCCAGGCCCGCCCCUCGGACAACUGCGUCUUCUCGGUGGAGCUGCAGCUGCCCCCCAAGGCUGCUGCCCUGGCCCACCUGGACAGGGGGAGUCCCCCGCCCGCCCGGGAGGCACUGGCCAUCGUCUUCUUUGGCGGACAACCCCAGCCCAACGUGAGUGAGCUGGUGGUGGGGCCGCUGCCGCACCCCUCCUACCUGCGGGAUGUGACGGUGGAGCGUCACGGGGGCCCCCUGCCCUAUCACCGACGCCCCGUGCUGAUGCGAGAGUACCGGGACAUAGACCAGCUGAUCUUCGACAGAGAGCUGCCCCAGGCUGCUGGUCUCCUCCACCACUGCUGUUUCUAUAAACGCCAAGGACGGAACCUGGUGGCGAUGAACACGGCCCCCCGUGGUAUGCAGUCAGGGGACCGGGCCACCUGGUUUGGCCUCUACUACAACAUCUCAGGGGCUGGGUUUUUCCUGCAUCCCGUGGGGUUGGAGCUGCUGGUAGACCACAAGGCUCUGGAGCCUGCCCACUGGACCAUCCAGAAGGUGUUCUUUCAAGGCCGCUACUAUGAGAGUUUGGCCCAGCUGGAAGACCAGUUUGAGGCCGGCCUGGUGAAUGUGGUGCUGAUCCCAGACAACGGCACAGGUGGGUCCUGGUCCUUGAAGUCCCAGGUGCCUCGGGGUCCGAGUCCUCCUCUGCAGUUCCACCCCCAGGGCCCCCGCUUCAGUGUCCAGGGGAGUCAAGUGGCCUCCUCAUUGUGGACUUUCUCCUUUGGCCUUGGAGCUUUCAGUGGCCCAAGGAUCUUUGACAUCCGCUUCCGGGGAGAACGACUAGCUUAUGAGAUCAGUCUCCAGGAGGCCUUGGCCAUCUAUGGUGGAAAUUCUCCCUCUGCUCUUCGAAGCCGGUACACAGAUGGUGGAUUUGGCUUGGGUCACUUCUCUUCAACCCUGACCCGGGGGGUGGACUGCCCCUACCUGGCCACCUACGUGGACUGGCACUUCCUUCUGGAGUCCCAAGCCCCUAAGACAAUACGUGAUGCCAUUUGUGUGUUUGAACAGAACCAGGGUCUCCCCUUGAGGCGACACCACUCAGAUAUCUACUCCCAGUAUUUUGGGGGCCUUGCAGAGACAGUGCUGGUCCUCAGAUCUGUCUCAACCAUGCUCAACUAUGACUAUGUGUGGGAUAUGAUCUUCCACGCCAAUGGGGCCAUAGAGGUCCGACUCCAUGCCACCGGCUACAUCAGCUCAGCAUUUCUCUUUGGUGCUGCCCGAAGUUACGGGAACCAGGUUGGGGAGCACACGCUGGGCACCGUCCAUACCCACAGCGCCCACUUCAAGGUGGAUCUGGAUGUAGCAGGACUGCAGAACUGGGUCUGGGCUGAGGACACGUCCUAUGUCCCCACGGCGGUACCCUGGAGCCCCGAGCACCAGAUGCAGAGGCUGCAGGUGACCCGGAAGCUGCUGGAGACUGAGGAGCAGGCCGCCUUCCCCCUGGGAGGCACCCCACCCCGCUACGUGUACCUGGCCAGCAACCACAGCAACAAGUGGGGUCACCCGCGGGGCUACCGCGUCCAGAUGCUCAGCUUUGCUGGGGAGCCGCUGCCCCAGAACAGCUCCAUGGAGAGAGCCUUCAGCUGGGGAAGGUACCAGCUGGCCGUGACCCGGCGGAAGGAAGAGGAGCCCAGCAGCACCAGCAUCUACAAUCUGAAUGACCCUUGGACUCCCACUGUGGACUUCACUGACUUCAUCAACAACGAGACCAUUGCAGGGCAGGACUUGGUGGCCUGGGUGACAGCUGGCUUCCUGCACAUCCCACAUGCAGAAGACAUUCCCAACACGGUGACUGUGGGGAACGGUGUGGGCUUCUUCCUCCGACCCUACAACUUCUUUGACCAGGACCCUUCCUUCGAUUCUCCUGAUUCCGUCUAUUUCCGGGGGGACCAGGAUGCUGGGGCCUGCGAGGUCAAUCCCAUGGCCUGCCUCCCCCAGGCGGCUGCCUGUGCCCCAGACCUCCCUGCCUUCUCCCACGGGGGCUUCUCUCACAGCUAGGGGGGGUCCCUGGGAUGGGGAAUGUGGCCAGGGGCUCCAGGGCCAGGGUGUGUGGGGAGGGGAACAGUGGGCACUGGGCCAGGCAGCCUGGUACCCUCUUUUCUCCCAAGGCCCCUCUGUAUGGCCCUCCCUGACACCCCCUCCCUGCUGGGAGCAUCCUGAGCCUGUGAUGCCUGACCCUGGGGGAGGGGCAGAGACACAACUCAGCUUUGUUGGCCCCAGACCUGCUGGGUUCCUGUCCCAGAGAGAGUGGCCCGCCGAAGCCUGGACUGAUGGCCAA